AUGGAUACCAGACCCAAAGUAGACAACGAAGUAUACGGCUAUUUGAUAUGUGGUGAUUUUCAAUAUAAAAAAUACGAUAGUGAAGAUGUAAAUUCUGCCAAAUUGAAGCAUACUUGGUUCCGUAUACCUUGUAUAGGUAACACUUGGUCACCGUGCACAGAGUGGACCACGGAGUGGGAUUGUCCUGUUGAGGUGAUCUUGCCACCGACAGUACCUGCACGAACAACAUUUACAAAUUUCAUGCUUUCAAAUAAACUGGAAAUACCAUUGCAUUUUAAAUUAGAAGCACCAUAUAGCACAAAUUUCGUAGUACUACCUAUGUGUGGAAUAGUUCCAAGUCGUGGCUGGCAAAUAUUAUCAGUCGCUUUAGAACCCAUGUCGUUUGGAGAUUAUUGCGAGACUUGGGACUUGAUCAUUAAUAAAGUUCAGAAAACACGUAUCUGUUUCUGCGGUAAUGCGGAGAUAAGCAAAGUCGAACUGAUGUCUCACGGAUACAAUCCCGCGACAGACGCAAUGUACGAAUUUCCACCAACUAUUACCGGUUGCAGUAAUUACUUCACGUCAUACUUGCAUAACGUCACUAGGAUGGAAAUUCAUAUGAGAAUACUAAACAGUGUACCUUGGCUUGGCGCCGAUAGCUGUGGAUCUCUUGUACUACCUCCUAAAGAAAUAGUACGCUUUCGUUUUUGGUUCUUCCCGAAAACACCAGAUAAGGUGUUACCAAAAUUAAAUAAUCUUCACGAUAUAGUGGUAGGCGAUAGUUCGAGUGUUGUUGUAACUCUGUACAACAACGGAACUUGCUUUUUCACAUCCAAAUUGUAUCAUUUAAUCAACGGAAUGGGUGAUGAUUAUAGUGGUGAUCAAUUGGAAAUCGAUAAUACAGUGAAUAGCCUUAAACCUUCUAAUCAUUGCGAAGUAAAGAUGACAGUGACACCAGAUGGUGCAGGUCCUCGUCAGAUAGACAUUAAAUACACGGUACUAUUCCGGACGGAAUAUGAUGAAAUCGAAGAGAUUCAACCAAUUCUGAAGACUAUUUGUGUUAUCUGGUACGACGGUAUAUAUCCUACACUGAAGGUCAAACGUACAAUUUCUGUUAAAUGUCCUGUAAUUUUGAGCAAUCAUUGCGUCUGGAAUAUUGUAAACGUAAAUGAACUGAAUAAAGCGUUUGUGGAUUGUCGCCCUAACAAACCUUUAUCAGUAAAUAUCUAUGCUCCAGAUUUAUGCGUGAGGGCUGGUAAAGUAGAGUUCAUAUUCGUAUUAGGCUGUAUAUACGCUGCUCCAGUCGCUUGGAGUUUGCGCCGAGAGAAAAUAUGCGAUUGUGAAAUGGUUGAAGUUCAAAUUGGAAUUUCAACGUAUGAAAUGAGACACACGUGUAUUCACAGACCUCUGGUUGAAUUAACACCACUUGAAGGGACAGUUUCGCCUGAAAAUCCGAAUCUCAUUCAUUUAAAAUUUGACUACUCACUUGAAGGUCAAAAUGUGCUAUGUUACAUCAUGACGAUGCCGAAUCAAAGGAGUAUAUAUAUUUACAUAAAUAUGUAUGCCCACAUGAACACGAAGGGCAUUUUAACCCCUUUAAGAAGGCCUGUUGGAAUAGAAGACUAUUUAUCCAUACUAGACUGUGGAAGGGUACCUAUUAAUAAUCUAGAUCCUGUUAUAAGAAUCGUAUGGCUUUAUAAUCCCACCGAAGUUUUUACAACAUGGCGUCUACUGAAAGGUAACACAAUAUCACCGGACUCAGUUUUACGCUGCCUAUUAUAUUUCGCUGAAGUUCCGCCUUUAGGUAAAUUGGCUAUACCUUUCGCAUUUAUGCCAACGGAAAUGAUUGACUAUGAGACAACUUUCCACUGCUCUUUUGGUUAUGACACUGUGAAGAUAUUAGUGAAAGGAGAAGGUGGCCUACCAAACUGUAUUGAGACGAGAUUGGAUAUUCCGUCUUACACGGAGAAGGUUAUAAGAUCUGCAUUCAGAAAUGAAGUUGUAAGUUAA